ACAACACAUAUAUACACACACAAUAUCUCCCAUAAUGAUUAUGAAGCUCCUCAUGCUGGGCGUGCUCAUCGGCUCCCUUGCCUAUGGCACCCACGGCUGGCCACCGCUGUGCGGUGAGAAUGCUGAAGGCAUGGAGUGCCCCGACAAUAAGUGCUGCAGUAAGGAUGGGCAGUGUGGCUUCGGCCCCGCCUUCUGCGGCGACGGCUGCCAGAGCGGCGCCUGCUGCGUGAGCCUGCGCUGUGGCUCGCAGAACGGCGGCAAGGCGUGCCCCAACAACCAGUGCUGUGGCCAAGACGGGGUAUGCGGGUUCGCCAACGAGUACUGCGGCACUGGCUGCCAGAGCGGCCCGUGCGCGCAUGGCGUGCAAUGCGGCAGCGGCAGGCCAUGCGCAAGGAACUUGUGCUGCAGCCAUGCCGGUUGGUGCGGACUUGGCCCUCCGUUCUGCGGGACUGGGUGCCAGAGCGGAGCCUGUUGCAAGUGAGUCUUGUUGAGCACAGAUUCGCCUGCAUUCUCGGGCCGGAAGUACUAGUACUAGAAGUAUUUGCAACGACGCCACACAAUUUCUCGCAGUACUGCCAAGUUUGAGGAUUCGAUUUCCUACCUUUCCUUUUUGACGGUUUUGAUAUCCAACUUUUAGUUUUCUCAACUUCGUCACCAGUUCGUUAAUUUCCUAGCUGUGUGGUUAUUGUAAUGUGGGCUAGAUUUCCUUUAGUAUAAAGUGAUGUGUUCUACACCCUCUAAAAAAAUAUAAGAGUGUUUAGACAACUAAAGUAGUGAUCUAAAUGGUCUUGUAUUUUUCUAUGGAGGGAGUACUAGUUUUUUCUAUAUACACACGAGACUUGUACAAUUUUUUGUAUGUCAAGUCUAACAUGUAUCCAUCUUUUUUUUUUGCGGGGACAUGCAUCCAUCU